ACAUUGCGAAGUCCCAAGCCGAAGACGACGGCCUAUAAAAAGCCACGCAUCAAUACGAUAGACUAUCAAUUCUUCAAGUGAGAUCAACCGCCCAACAUGUUCAAACAGAUUGUAUUCGUCGCCAUCUUGGCUGUAGCCUUUGCUCUGCCCGCCCCUGAGGCCCAACCCGAACCUAAACCCGCUGCAAAGCCUGGACAGCUUCUCUACAGUUCGCCCCUUGUAGCAGCCGCCCCUAUUGCCUACUCUGCAGCGUACAGCGCCCCACUGACCUACGCCGCCGCCCCUCUAGCCUACAGCGCCCACCCAGCCGUAUCUGCCUACUCCUCCCCUUAUGUCGCCUCAAUUUGGUAAUUUUCAUGUGACGAUACCAAUUGAUAAUUAAACACAUUCAAUUGAA